CAUUAUUAUUAUUAUUACUAUAUAAUACAUUGAACUUAUGCAGUAUAGUGAUAUUGUAUAACAUAUGUGUAAUCAGUGUGUUACAAUUAAAUUGAAUUAUACAAAUUAUUCAAUUAUUCAAUUUAUUAUUCAUUAUAUCAAUGAUUAUUAUUAUUAUUUAAUUAAUUAUCAAAAAUAUUAUUUAAACUCAUCGUCAUCGUUAUCAACAUCAACAUCAACAUCAUCAUCAUCAUCAUUAUGGUUAUUAUGGAAAUCAAACAAUAUUUCAAAGAAACAAUGUUAUUUAAUAAAAAAUAAUAAAUUUAUUAAACAAGAAAAUUUUUAUUCAGUUUACAAUACUACUAAUAAAACGACUACUACUAAUACAAUUUAUAAUAAAUCAUUUAUAUGUUUAUGUAUUAUGAUGAUAUUUUGUGUUCAAAUGUCAAUUUCACUGACAACAGGUAUAAAGAUAUCAGAUCAAUUUAUUGAUAGUAGCACCAGUAAUAAUAAUAAUAAUGGUAAUGGAUAUGAAUUUAUGAAUAUUGAAUUAUUACGUCAUAUGGGUGAAGAAACAUUAAGAACCGGUGGUGUAAUCACUCAAUUAUUUGAUGCAAUUGAAUUCUCUGUUGUACAUCAACGAUCUACCUCAUAUUUAAGUAUUCAAUAUUUUAUUGGUUAUAAUCGAUCAUUAUGGUUUACUGUAACACCAUGUACAAAUUUAUUGAAUCGUAUUGAAUUUGUUGGAUCAUCUGCUUAUAAUGAACCAUGGGAAGAAAGUAAAGAUUAUGGUUUACAGUUAUCGAAAUCUGAUAUAUAUUCUGUAAAUUGGCCACAACAAAAAAUUCGUGUAGAACCAUUUCCAAGUGAAACAAAAUUACCAAAUUUCACUUUAAUUAAUCAAGGUGAUACUAUUCUAGGUUUAACACGUUCAAGAUUACAUUUUACACAAAUUAAAUAUAAAACAGAUAGUUUAAAUGUACGCUUAUAUGGUAAUAUUGGUGAUGCAUAUAAUGUACGUCUUAGUACACGUAGUUCACCAAAACAUGCUUUAGAUGGUUAUCCAGAAUUGGAUAAAACUUCAACUAUAUCUGUAUGUUUAGUACAAAAUACAAAUGAUACAUUAGACAUAUCAUGGAAAGGAGUAAUGCAUAAUUCAAUGCAAAUUAAUUAUUGUGUAGUUAUUAAUGCAAAUGAAAAUCUUUAUUAUGAAUGUACAGCAAUGUCAAGAUUGAAUCAAUUUUUUAAUUAUCAUACAAAUGAAAAAUUUGAACGACCUAAAAUAUUCCAAGAUACCGAUUAUUUAAGACCAAAAUUAAUUGAUAAUUAUGUAUAUAAAUGUGGUACAAAGUCAAUGAUAAGAAUUAGACUAACAUCAACAUUAAGUCAAAUAUUAAAUGAUUUACAUAGAAAUCAUUCACUAAAAUUAUUUAUUAAUGUUUAUGCAAUCAAUAAACGUAUGGAUAUUAGUACCGCAUAUCCAGUCAAAAUGAUACAAUAUUCAAUACAAAAUUGUCAAUCAAAACGUUAUAUUAAUAAUAUUAAAGUAAUCAAUAAAUUAUAUUAUAAUCAAUUUUAUUGGAAUUCUGAUGUUUUAUUUAAAAUGGAAUUUAAUGGGAAAUUAUUUCAAUUAUAUUAUCAACCAUGUCGUUUACCUGGUAAUAAAGCUAUAAAUUAUACAAUAACUUUAUUGAAGAAAAUCAAUUUGCAGAAUUCUACUAUGACAACAUCAAAUUUACAAACACUAUGUGAAUAUCCAAUCAACAGUCAUCGAGUAUUGCGUAUGUGUUUAGAUUCUGGGGACGGAGUUUAUUACUUACAACUAAAUGGCAAUCCUAAUUUUGAAAAUAAACAACCAGUGGGUAGAUAUUUUUUCUUGGGACCUAACACAACCAGCUUACUACCUCAGAAACCAAAAUACACAUAUUUUCCAACAGAUAUUUCAACUAUUAUUAUUCAACCAUCAAGUAAUCAAACUAUAUUUCAAAUUCCAUCACCAUUUUUACAACAACAUUUAAGACAUUAUCGUUUUACUAAUCAUCGUGUAAAACGUACUAAUUAUCAUCAAUUAUAUUUAAAUAAUAAAUUAAAAUCUAAGCAAAUUAAUAAUUAUUUAAUGAAAACAAUUACUACAAUUUCAUUAAAUAAUAGUAAUAAUAAUAAUAAUAAUUUUGUAAACAUUCCAAAUUUAUUAAAACGUCCAUUCAGAAAUAUUCCAAUGAAAAAUGGUUUUCAAAUUGGUGUUGAAUGUACAUCACAUCAAGUGUAUAUAAGUUUAAAAAUUCAUGUUAAUCCACAAAAUUAUUGGAUUUAUACAUUACCAGUAUUAAAUGAUCCAAUAAAUAAUAUAAAUUUAAUGUGGGAUUAUUUAAAUAAUAAUAUGACCGAUUAUUGUGAAUUUCCAAAGCAUAUAUUAUCUAAACAAAUUAAACAAACUAUAAAACCAAUUUAUUGUCAAACAACUCAAGGAAUGCAUUCACUUGAAUUAACUAUACCAGCAUAUCAUCGUAAUGAUUAUCCAAGAUUUUAUUUAAUAUUAAUUUAUGUAUCAAAUAAUGAUGAUAUUAAUGGAAAAUAUAAACAAUUAUUUGUACGUCAAUUAUUAGAUACAUGUAAUAUUAUAUCAAAUGGUUGUUAUCCUAAUGUACCAACAGAUUGUCGUCAAAAUUAUCCAAAAUAUUUACCAUACACAUUUGAUCCAUUAAUGUCUAGUUCAGUAAUAUUAAAUUCAAAUUCAUCUAAUCAAAUACCUGUAUGUAUGAUAGAUGAAUAUUAAAUAAAUAUGUCUAUUGUUUAUUUAAUAUUUAAUUAUAGUUUAAUUAAAUUUUUAUUUAAUUCUAGUCAAUCAUCCAUAGAAACGUUUAUGUAUUUAUUUAUCAUUUAUCAUUGAACAUUCAUUGCAUUUAUAAGUUUUCAAGUUUAUUUAAAGGAAAACAAACAAAAACAAUACAAGUGAAAUAAAUGAUAACAAUGGAAUAUUUGUUCUUUUGUGAAAAACAAAAAAAAAUUAUUUUUUACUUAUUUUAAACACUGAUUUUUUUUCUUUUUGAAAAGGCCUUUCACAGUAAAAAAAAAGAAGAAAAAGAAAAAGGAGACAGAUUCGAUCUAGAACAUCAGACUCAGUAUAAACCACCAGUUAAAUUGUCUAUUAUUAUUAUUAUCUUUUUUUUGGGGGGGGGGGCGGGUUAACUAUAAUAAGAUGUCAUAUUUGAAUUGUAUUUAUUAUUUUCAUUUAUUUCAUUUUACCCGGUGUUAUCUGUAAUAUCAUUAACACCAUAUUAUACAAUAAUAAUAUCUAUCAUUUGUUCUAUUCUAUAUGAUCCUUUUGAAUCAUUUACAAAUUUUUUUUUCAAUUAUAAUUCUUUGUAUAUCUUUUCCUCUCUGAUUAUACAUAUUUAAUUUUAUAAAGGAAAAAAUAAAGACAAAGAAUGUAUUUUCUCAUAGCAACAAAAUAUUUGUCACUGUUUUAUUUUAUUGAUGAUUCAAUUAUUAUUUUUUUAAUACAUAUAUCAUAUACGC